AUGCGUUGUUCUUCUUCAACGAAAAAAAGUGAUGCAUUGGCGCUUACGGCCAUACCACGUUGGAAACACGACAUCCUGUUCGAUCUGUCAACAACGAUUGGCCUCGUUAGUACUUGGAUCGGAGACGGCUUGAGAAUCCCAGUUAAAAUUGCUUACGGCCAUACCGCGUUAAAAACACGACAUCUCGUCCGAUCUGUCAAGUUAAGCAACGUUUGGCCUGGUCAGUACUUGGAUCGGAGACGGCUUGGGAAUCCCAAGUGUUGUAAGCACUUCUGCCAGAUUCUCUGA